AUGGGCCAGAAAACGCCGCCGCCCGGAUACAAGUUUCAGACACACAAGCUGGCAAAAACGCUGCAAGAUACAGGCAAGACCCCGCUGGUCCUGGUCGCAUGCGGGUCGUACUCCCCUGUAACCUACCUCCAUAUGCGCAUGUUCGAGAUGGCCGCCGACUAUUUCACCGUCCAUUCAAAGUACGAGCUGAUCGGUGGCUACUUCUCACCCGUUUCCGACUACUACCAGAAGGAGGGGCUGGCCCCUGCACACCACCGCGUAAAAAUGUGCGAGCUGGCAACCGAGACCAGCUCGGCAUGGCUGAUGGUGGACAGCUGGGAGGCGCUUCAGCCGUCAUAUCAGCGCACUGCAGUUGUCCUCGAUCAUUUUGAUGAGGAGCUGAACGAAAAACUGGGGGGGAUGGUUCUUCCUGAUGGUACCAGACGCAAGAUCCAGAUCUUGCUUCUUGCGGGGGGUGACCUCAUUGAGUCGAUGGGCAAAAAGGAUGUUUGGGCGUCCGAAGAUCUGCACCACAUCCUCGGCCACUUUGGAUGUAUGGUCAUUGAAAGGACGGGUACUGAUGUUUGGGAGUUUCUGCUGUCGCACGACAUUUUGUAUGAGCACAAGGACAACAUACACGUUGUCAAGCAGGUCAUUUACAAUGACAUCAGUUCGACCAAAGUGCGCCUCUUUGUCAAGCGCAAAAUGUCAAUCAAAUAUUUGGUUCCGGAUGCCGUCAUGCAUUACAUUUUUGACAAAUCGCUGUACUCCACCAAACUGACAAGAAAGCGGGACUAUGUCACUUACGCGUUUGACUAG